GAGAGAGAGAGAGAGAGAGAGAGAGAGAGUAAGUACCCCUACGGUACAAAGUGCCAUUCACAACCAAGUAUAGGUGAUGGGGGGAUCAAGCCUAUCUUGGAUGAGAUAUGAGAGAGUGUGAGUUGCUGCUGGCUGGCUGGCUGCUCCUCUGGGAUCUCCCCUCACCAACUGGAUAAUAUCAUAAUUCAAACACACACUUGUUCAUGAUUCUUGUGGGGUACUGGGCUUAAUUGGACAGAUUGGCCAACUGCCCCCAUGACCCCACCACCCCACAUGCCCACUGCCCCAUUUACUCUCUCUACUCACCCUUCCCCUGCUUCUAUUUAAAUCCCCUCUUAUUUGCCAUCUGAUCACCUAAAUUAAGCAAAACCACUACCCCCCAAAAAAAGAGAGAGAUUUGGAGGGUGACCUGAAAGUGAAGCUCCCUCUGUAUCUGUAACUUCUCAUAUGCGCAAAUAUGGAAGUUGAAGAUGAUGUGUUCUUUGCAGACCUGAGCAAGCGAAUUUCCCUUCUAAUCAUGGAUGAUGAUGAGGACCCUGCUCUGCCUUCUCCUUCAGUCUCUCUCCAGGGUUUCUCUAGAGCAAUUUACCCCACCGAACAAUUGCAGUAUCCUCCAAUCCUGUUUGAGCAGAGUUGCAGAGGAGAACGAGAAAGCAAAGGAACAGGGGUUUUCAUCCCUCAGUCAUCUCGCCCGAGAAGGAAGAGCAGCAAAGAAAGAAAAAGCUUCAACCCAAAGUCUAAGCAUCAGCCAGCUGAUUACUCGAGAGGGUCUUCAAAUCAUCGUGCAUCCUACGCCUACAACAAUUACAGCCCGUCCUGUAAUUGUUGUAACCCCAAAAAUUAGUAUGUUAUGAAUAGAUGCUUAUUAAAUUAAGGGUAUUAUUCAAUAAUUGCCGCCGAUUUACAUGCAAUGAGAGGCAAGAUUUUAAGAUCUGCAUGGGAAUCCUGUACACUGACAAGAAGCUAGUAAGCUAUUUACUGUGUUAAUUAGUACUUGAUGGCAUGGGUUUACGGGAGGUUUAACCGAAGGUUUUGCAGCCCUCCCCUUAUCGAAAUGUGUGGUUGUUGUUGAGUUUGAAUUUGAUACACACAUAUUGCUAUAGGAUAUUAGAAUAUGUUUGAAUGUAUUAUGUAUUGCUCAUUUAAUGCUAUUUUUUAAUUAUAUUUAAUCA